CCAAAAUGGCACUCUGAUCGGUAGUCGUCACGCUCCGCAAAGAAAUCGCCUCGGAAAAAAGGACACUAUUGCGGUUCGAUUCCACCAGUGAAAAAGUAAUAAUUAGUUACUCAUUUCAUCGUUCAGUCUAAUAUAUUUUCACCGGCUUCGAAUGUGGUUGAGGCACAUGUAGUGAAUAAAAUAAAACAUUAAUAAAAAUCACUGAUCGUCUUCCAAAUAUUGAAUCUAAUAUAUUUAUUAAAGUUGCAUAUACUGUACAAUAAGAAAAUAGAAGUAAAAUUAUUAUAUUAUAAAAUAUAAGUAACUUAUAAGCAACUAAUUCAAAACUAAAUAGAAAACCAAAGCGGAAACAUGUCUUUCCUAAACAACCUUCGCUCGUUGCCUCUACCACCGGUGAAGAAUGUCCUGAACGUGGCCAUGCAGACCGCCCGCCAGACGAUUCCUUCGAAAAACAAACAAAGCGACUAUGAGCAACCGGGGGGAGAAAAUUCAGGACCAUCCGCUGGCGUGCGGUCGCCACCCCAGGUACCACCUCGGCCACAGAAUGUCCAUUUUGCUGAAACUGAUGGAGACACUGGUGGAACGACCGAACUGAAUCCGCUGAAUCCGUUUACAAAUCCGCAGGCGUACUAUCAAGAAGGGGCGGAUCAACCGUCCGCCGGGCAGUAUCAAGAAACGGGAUUCAACCAACCGAGCGAUUUCGAGAAUGGAUAUCAAGCGGGCGGCUACCCACCGAGACAGGGGAGUGUUCAAUCAUUUGGAUCGGACAGCACAUUUGCUGGUGGCUGUGAAGGAGAGGCACCCGGUGGAAUGAAGAUCAACGAAUAUCAGGCAGCAUGGAACGUCACAAAUGCCAUUCAGGGUAUGUUCAUCGUAUCGCUUCCAUUCGCUGUAUUGCGUGGCGGCUAUUGGGCCAUCAUAGCCAUGGUAGGAAUUGCACACAUUUGCUGCUACACCGGGAAAAUCCUGGUGCAAUGCCUGUACGAACCGGACCCACAAACGGGUGAGCCUGUACGAGUUCGGGACAGCUACGUGGCCAUCGCCAAGGUUUGCUUCGGUAAGAAAAUCGGCGCCAGGGUGGUAAGUAUAGCGCAGAUCAUCGAACUGCUGAUGACGUGCAUAUUGUACGUCGUAGUCUGCGGUGAUCUAAUGGCCGGAUCAUUCCCCGAUGGCGCACUGGACACCAGAUCCUGGAUGAUGCUGUGCGGUAUUUUUUUGCUGCCAUUGGCUUUUCUCAAAUCGCUUCACCAUGUAUCGUUGCUGUCGUUUUGGUGCACGAUGUCGCAUCUGUUGAUCAAUGCGAUCAUCGUGGGCUACUGCCUACUGGAGAUCGGUGACUGGGGCUGGAGUAAGGUCAAGUGGCGAAUGGAUUUUGAAAAUUUUCCAAUCUCGCUUGGUGUUAUUGUCUUCUCCUAUACGUCGCAAAUCUUCCUGCCGACACUGGAAGGAAACAUGGAGGACCGUUCCAAAUUCAACUGGAUGCUUGAUUGGUCGCACAUUGCCGCAGCCGCAUUCAAAGCCCUCUUCGGUUACAUUUGCUUCCUGACGUUCCAAAAUGACACCCAGCAGGUAAUUACGAAUAAUCUGCACUCGCCUUCCUUCAAAGGGUUGGUCAAUUUCUGUUUGGUGAUCAAAGCAGUCCUCAGUUAUCCACUGCCAUUUUUUGCCGCGUGUGAACUGUUGGAACGGGCGUUCUUCCGCGGAAAACCAAAGACCCUGUUCCCCGUCGUUUGGGAGCUGGAUGGGGACUUGAAGGUUUGGGGUCUUGCAUGGCGAUUGGCUGUCAUUCUUGGAACGAUCAUGAUGGCGAUCUUUAUUCCGCACUUUUCGAUCCUGAUGGGUUUCAUUGGCAGCUUCACGGGUACGAUGUUGAGCUUCAUCUGGCCGUGUUACUUCCAUUUGAAACUCAAGGGUCACCUGCUGGACCAGAAACAGCGAGCGUGCAACUAUUUUAUCAUAUUUUUGGGCGUUUUGUUCGGCGUGGUGGGAAUCUACGAUUCCGGCAGUGCUCUAAUCAAAGCAUUCGAAAUUGGUCUUCCGUUCUAAAACGUUUGUGCUAUCCGAGACAAUAUUGUAUAGUUUAAAACCAGUUGUUAAUAAUAACAUGACGCUCAGUUUAUUUAACAAAGAGAAUUGAAAAUAUAUACAAAUAGCGUUGAUGAAUUACAAGAUUAAACCACACGCAACCAAAUUAGGUUUAAAUCUUCCAAGAUACCAUCUAUUAAAGCAUUUGGGAAUAAGAUUAGAUUGAGUUUGAAAUUAAACGUUUGAGCUAAAUCGUAGACUUGUAUUGAAUUCAACGCGCGCAUUUAAAAUUAAGACAUAUCCUUAGAAACCCAAAUGUAAAAACGUGUUUAGAAUCCAAUCGAGAGUAACACUAAUGUUAAGAGAUAACUUCAAUUUAUUGCUAAAUGAAACAUCCAAUCAAAAACUCAAUGUCUUCCUAAAUGUGUCAAGUCGAAUAGUAAUCCAACUGUCUUCCAGAUUGCAGAACAUAAAUUGCAAUCAAAUUAGAACAUGAUUAAAAGGAUGUUAAGAAUGCGUAAAAUAGUUAGUUAUUGAGUGAAAUGAAGAAAAUGCAAUAAUCGAAUACCGUUACUAUAAAUAAAAGAUUGGUAAAACAACCCAUAAGAAAUUCAAACGAAGGAAAAUAAUUUCACCGUGUACCGACAAUAAAAGAAAAUAUAUAUCACCUACAAUAUUUGAACGACAUUUAUUAACCCUAUUAUAUUAUUGAUUGAGGAUCGUACACCCCAAUCCAACCGAAAACGUGAAACUGUUAAAUCCUAUUGAAUACGAGCUGACUUAAAUAUUGUUUCACAUAUAUUUUAAAUUUUGUUUAGCUUGAGCGAUUAUAAAAAACAACAAUCUGACCGCAACAAUGUCUUCCAGCAGGUACACAAUACUGCACAACUAACUGAUGUUGAUAAAAAUCAAAUUGCUUCCAAGUUUAGAAAUGAUUACUAAGCAUUUAAUAUUUAAAUUAUUUUACAUAUAAGUAGCUUAAUAUUAUUUCACGUAAGAAGAAAAUCAACUCGGACAAUACCCCCAAAUCCCGCCAUUUAUUACUCUUAAUUUUUGUACGUCGUCAGAAAUCUACGGAUGCCAACCAUGUACUAAAAAUUAAGUGUUACCGUUGGGAUGUGGCAAAGUAAUAAGCGAUGGGAACGGCUGAAGGGUGCUGUCCAAAUAGACCUUCUUCCUAUGAUAGUUUGUUUCUCAUGACAGCAUCGUUGUGUUAUAUUAAAAGCAAAAUGUUAUACAAAGUAUGCACUUAUAUUACUAUAUUCAAGGUAAUGAUAUAGAUGUCCAAAUAAAUAGUUAAUUGAAACAAUAAAAAAUAA